CUAAUGUCAUUUACAAUGAAGUGGAUUGAUUGGGUCGUGUUUACAAGUUAUGGGUAUCUCCAUUUUUGCAUCGAUGGAAAUAUUUAUUUUUAUUUUUUCACGGUGUACAACUGCAUGUAAGAAUGAAAAUACAUCUUCAACUUGUUGUCCAAGCUAUCGAUUCGUCAAUGGAAUAUGUAUUGAUUGUCCGUUGGGAUACUUUGGACCCAAUUGUGCAUACAGCUGUCCAUAUCCAUCUUAUGGACAUCGUUGUCUUCAAAAGUGUAUGUGUGAUAAAGACAAAUGUGACAUUUCAUUUGGAUGUGCAUCAAGCAAACAGUUGCCCUCAGAUAUUGCAUCUCUUAUAACGACGAACAUUCCAAAGUCAAAAAACGAAUAUACUUCUGGACAACAAAGUCUCAAUAAUUCAAAACAUCCUGAAGAAAAUGGAAACGGUCCUAAAGAGAUUAAAAACGGUUCAGCGGCUGUCAUCGCCGUCAUAUCAGUUAUCGGUGUUCUUGUCAUCAGUUUGCUCGUAACAAUUAUAAUCUUCCAACUCAGAGGGAAAAUACAUUUGCGUCUACAGAAAUCACCAAAUCGAGGCUCUAAUGUGACCAGUCAACGACACGUUGACACUUACUGUGAAAUUGACGAGAAUGAGGCAACAGAGGGCGCCUGUAACAUGUGGAGUGAAUCUGAAAUUUACGAACAGAUCGACCAAUCAAAGAAGGAUGGUACUAAAUACACAACUCUACCGCCCCGUGAAGGCGCCCCAAAGAAGGAGAGGGCAAUAAUGUCUACUCUUUCUAUGCAGAAAAUACUGGAGGCAGACGAUGAUGAAGACACAUGUAAAACCGAAGUGCAGAUGAGAAAAAGCAAGAGCAAUGUUCAAGUUCCUCUAAACAGAACGGACAAAACUUCCACUCAAGUCAGUGGGUACAUCGACAUGAAUAAAGAAAAAGAACUAGAGGAUUACGUUCACAUGGCCGCAGAAGAACGAGUAUCUGACAAAGGUUCACUGAGCAAAGACUGAUAAAGUAAUCUGGGGAUCAUGAAAAAGUGGUAGAUCGAAAGAAAAACAUACAUAUAAAAACAAUGUAGUUCAAUAACUUUAUUGACAUAUAUUGGAAUGUACAUUUUCUGUAGUUCAUUUAAUGAAAGAAAGGGAUGCGAUAUGAAACAAUUUAAUUUGAAAUAUCAUGAAAAGGUGAAGAUAGCGAACAGAGAUCACUCUCAGAAACUUUGUUGCAAAGUUUUAAGAGUAGGACAAACACGACCCUUGGACAUACCAGAGGUGGGAUCAGGUACCUAGGAGGAGUAACAUCCUCUGUUGACCAGUCACAUCUGCCAUGAGACAUAUAUAUUGAUCGGGUAAAGAGAGUAAUCCGUAGUCAAAAUCAGAGUAAAGAACGAUCUAACAAUUGGUGUGACACAUGUCAGACAGCAUUUGACCCUGGUUAUUAUACUGGGGACCAAACAAUGUAUUUCAAUAACUUUCUAGACAUGUAUCAGGAUUCACAUUGUCUACAAUUCAUUCCCUGAAAGAAAGUGAUGUUGUUUAAUACUUGUGAUGAAGAUAGUAGUCCAGUUGGCUUUUCAGUUAACAAUUGCACAUUAUGAAUAUAUGUAUUUGAUUAUUUAUUUCCUCAGUUCACAGUAUUCAUUGGCGAUUGAACAAAUGAUACUCAUAUAAAGUAAAUGUUAAUAAAUAUCAAUAAAUAAACAAAUGCACUGAUCGAUUAACCCACUUAUCCAAAUAUAAGUGUGUGUUAUUACCAUCACUUGGCGUACAUUUGUUGGCGUCAGUGUUUCAAAACAAAUGCAUUCAAAAUAUUUUCCAGACUGCUUGAAUUCCCAACAGGUCACCAAAUUCAAAUGUUAGCGUUCUACGUUCUCAUGGUUCUGUAUCAACAUCCCGAUAUGACUCCGUGUUAGAAGUGAUCCUCAAUACCCCUGGCUUGUCGUAAGUGACGACUAAGUGGGAUGGCCCUUCGAUAAAGACCGCAAAAACCGAGGUCUCGUGUCACAGCAGGUGUGACGUAAUAUAGAUCCCUCCCUCCUCAACGACCGUAAGCGUCGAGCAUAGUCCUAAAUUUGCAGCCCAUCACCGGCAAUAGAGACGCUCCCAUAUGAGUGAAAAGAUCUCGAGCGGGACCUUAAACAAUAUACAACCAACCAAUGUGGCUAUCAUGGCUUUUGAUUGAAUUCUUCUCGAGAACGACUACAUUCGUAAUCAUUCCAUCAGUUACAAAUUUUCUUCUGUAGUUCCGCAGAGAUAUUACUACUUUUCAUUGACCGAUAUGCGAAAAUACAUGGUAAUUCCUUUGUAUCAUCUAAGCAUAGCCUGCAGGGCUUAUAACAAUGCGCCAAUGUUUUAUUUUUUAGAUGUUCAAAAUGAUACAAAUAUGUAUUUUCAGCAUAUAGCCCCGUCCUAGUAGAGGUAUCCAUGCUUAAUAUACUACUUAAUUCAUCUAAACUAGCAACGGGUAAUGUUAAUUUAGAUCAAUCAUUAAUUUUGUAUGGAUUAUAAUAGCGUCAUGAGUGCUUGAGGACAGAUUGAAAUCAUUGCAAGAGGCUAUUUAUGUUGAUAAUUUUUCAUGCCUUUUUCUUUGUGUAAGUACAUGGAUAUAUUAAGAUGGUCAAAAUUACUCAUAACCAUGCAUUCAGUGGAUAAUACUUAAUGUCUAUAGCUUUCAUUUUUUUUUCAAAUAAUUGGUUUGAAAAUCAUACUGUAAAUAUAUAGUUAGGGUUUUCAUGGAUAUACAUGGUCAUAAUUAUUGACAAGCAUGCACAUACCUGCUUGUAAUUAAUCAUAAACAUGUUGAUUGAACGAUUCAGUUGGACUUAAAUGAAUGAAAUAAAAAGUACCACUUGGGAGAUGAUGGGCGUUUAGGAAAUAUACCUAAUGGUUUCCGUUACAAUUAGCACUAAUUAACAUUAAUUACACAUGUAUUUGUACACACAUAGAUAGUUUGGCAAGGUGGAAUCCGUAUAUUGUUUGCUAUGUUACACUUAUAAAUGCGUAGGUAUAUAAAAAUGUGCUGUAAGCUCAUGUAUUCAACUUUUCACUUUCUUGAAGUUAUUUAUAUAAUACUCAAACUAUUGACGUCUCCAUAUGAGUGAAAUAUUCUCCAGAGGGACGUUAAACAACAUACAAUCAACUCAAACUAUUGUUGAUUCAUAAGCAAAUACAUUACCAAGAGAGGAGUUAUUCUGAAUUGUAGCAUCUAGUUUUGGACUAUGUAGAUCAAGGACUUUUCCACUGUUUAAGUCCGUUCUGGGUUAAGGAUGGCGGAUAAAGAGCGUACCCAGUGUAUGAAAGGUGAAGAUAACGAACAGUGAUCAAUCUCGUAACUCCUAUCAGGAAUACAAAAUAGAGAGUUGGGCAAACACAGACCCCUGGACUUACCAGAGGUGGGAUUAGGUGCCUAGGAGGAUUAAGCAUCCACUGUCGACCAGUCGCACCCGCCGUGAGCCCCA